UUACAUAUAUAUAUAUAUAUGAUUGUGAUUUGUGAUCACAGUGUAUUAGGAACUUAGAAAUUAAAUCUCUGGAUUUAGUUUCUGUAAAAUGAAGUCAAAACAUCGGCCAAGAGUUUUCUUUGACGUUGAUAUUGGUGGUGUGUCAGUUGGAAGAAUUGUCUUCGAGUUGUUCAAUGACAUUACUCCGAAAACUUGCGAGAAUUUUCGAUGCCUGUGUACAGGUGAAAAAGGUAUUGGCAAGACGACAGAAAAACCUCUUCAUUACAAAGGAGUUCCAUUCCACAGAGUUAUCCAUGAUUUUAUGUUGCAAGCGGGGGAUUUCUCCCAAGGGAAUGGUCGAGGUGGGGAAAGCAUAUAUGGGGGAUAUUUUGCUGAUGAAUCUUUUGAAGUAAAACAUGACAAACCUUUUCUAUUAUCAAUGGCGAACCGGGGUAAAAACACAAAUGGAUCUCAGUUCUUUAUAACAACUCAAGAUGCUCCUCACUUGGAUGGAGUUCAUGUCGUGUUUGGACGGGUUGUUGACGGAGAAAAAAUUGUCAAACUGAUUGAGUCGCAACCUACCGAUACAAAUAGUAAGCCAUUGAAGGAAUGUAAGAUUGUUCACUGUGGAGAGCUGGUGUUGGCUUCAAAGAAAAAAAAACACAAGGAAUCAGCGGAAUCGAAUGAUGAGUCAGCAGAAUCCUCGAAUGCUGACUCAUCCAAUGAGGACGAGAAAGCAAAAAAGAAAAAGAAGAAAAGGAAACAUAAAAAGGAAAAAAAGAAGAAACACAAGAAGAAGCAAAAGAAAGAAUCAAAGCAGGAAUCAGAUGAAGAGGCAAAGGAAGAGGAGCCGACUCCAUUCAGCACGAUAUCUGCAGAGGAAGUCCCUCAAGUUCCUGAAAGUCGAUUCUUACAAAGAGUUAAAUCUAAUGAUGGAACAUCAACAUCAGAAGGGCAAACACCGGCUUCCGAACGCAGCCAUGCUCGGCAGUGGACAACAAGGUCUGGAAGAACCAUUAAAGGACGGGGUGCACUGCGAUAUAGAACCCCAUCGAGGUCUCGUUCCCGAAGCCCCCGUCGUAGAUCCGAUCGUUUCUCGUCACGAUCUGCUCGACGGGGAAGUGAGACUCCUCCCCACUGGAGGGAAGCACAGAGAGGUCAGAGGCCUCUUCGGCGCCAUCGUGAGUCUUCAAACGAGGAAGAAUCGUCCACAAGGUGGAAGCAGACGUCGCCGUCGGCGAUGGACAAGGACAGGUCGAUGGAUAAUAACGGGGAUAAGUCUGUAGAGGGGGGUGGGAAAGAUGGGGUCGAAAACGGGGUUAAAUCUGGGGCUAGGGGGGGUGAUGGUCACAGGGAAAGGGCACCAAGGGAGGGAAGAGACUCUGGGAGGCGCGGGGUUGGUGAGAGGACAUCUAGGUACGAGAACGGAAGGUUUAAUCGAAGAGAGAGUGAGAGGGGUCGUCGUGACGAUCGGGGUGGGAGGUUUGGGAGGAGGGAGGAGAAUGGACAUGAGGAGUCUUCUAAGGAUCAAGAGGUUGGGAGGAGAAGAGAGAAGAGGAAGUUUAUGGAGACAAAGCAAGAGGAGGUGGAAGAAAAAGAUGUUGGGUUGAAUGAAAAGAAGAAGGGAGAGUCUUCGGAGUAUAGUUCAAGUGAUGGGGAGAAGAAACCUGCUGCUAAGUUGCUUGUUUCCAACUUCUCUUCUCCCAGUGAGAGUGAGAAUGAAGAGGAGAAAGAAAGAGAGAAGGAAGAGAUAAGAGAGAAGCAGAAGUUGGAGCUGAGGAAAGGAAUUGAAAGAGAGAAGAAAAAGAUGGAGAUGGAGAAGAAGAUGAAAGAAGAAGCGAUGCAGGUUGAUGUGGAGGAACAACUAAAGGAUGUUGGGCAGCAGGAUGUUGUUGUUGAAGAGAAGAUAGAUGAAAAACAUGAGGAAUCUGGAUGCGAGGAGGUUGUGGAGGAAGAAGUGAUGGAAGAUGAGACGAAUAAAGAUCCUGUGGAGGUUGGGGGUUCUAAAGAAGAUGUUGAAGUGUCAGGUGUUGAUAAGGAGAUUGCUGCGAUGGAGUCGAUUCAAGAUGAAGUUAUCAUGCUCAAUGUUACGGAGACUCUUGCUGAUCCCGCGGCGAAAGUGCAACUUCCCGAGGCAGUGGUAGAGGUUGGAGAUCAGGAGAAAGUUGAGAAGAAGAAGAACAUUCGCCCGAGAAGGGAGUCGAGUGGGGAGGAAGGAGAGGAGGGGAAAGAUGGUGGGGUUGUGGAGGGGAAGAAGAAGUCAAUGUCGCCAAGCAAGGAUGUUGAAAAGUCACGUGAGAGGAGGUCUCGUGAAAGGAAUCGUUCCCGUGACAGACGAAGAUCACGUGACAGGAGAAGCACAUCACGCAGACGCCGUUCUCGAGAUAGACGAAACAGCAGAUCGCGGGAUAGAAGAAGAAGUAGAUCACGUGACAGACGAAACAGCAGAUCACGGGAUAGAAGGAACAGCAGAUCACGGGAUAGAAGGAACAGUAGAUCACGGGAUAGAAGAGGUAGCAGAUCACGUGAUAGACGAAGAAGUAGGUCAGGUGAUCGUCCUCCACGUCGACGAAGCAGAUCACGUGAUAGAAGAAGAUCACCGGUUCGUCGACGAGGGAGUUACUCACGAUCACGAAAAAGGUCAGAAAGAAGUAGAUCACGAAAACGAUCAAAAUCAUCGGAUAAACGCCGCCGACAUAGAUCUUCAUCCUCAUCUAGUUCUAGUUCAGAUGACAACAAGUCCAAGAAAAAACGAAGUCGUUCGAGAUCAAGUUCAUCUGAUUAGUUAAAAAAAAACAUGAAACAAUUAUAAAGAAUUUUAAAUUGAAGGCAUCCCUGUUAGGUGAAAAUUCCCUGUGACCAUUCCUGCCCAGGGGUUGAUACUUUGGGGUUUAAGACAUUCUAACCAAUUGAAUAAUAUUCGUGGUAUAAUAUAUCAUUUACUUGGAAAUAGUUUUUAAAAGUAAACUAUUCGUAGAGUUUUUAUAAUUACACUGACAUCUUGUUUAAUGGUGUUUUAUGUUUUUCCUCCCCACAAAACGUUAUUUCGGCGCGAAAUUGAAUUGCAAGUCUUUUAAUGGUUUAUAUCAAUACUGUGGUGGCCAUGAGCAAAAGGAACAUUGUUAGAACUUUAAACUAAAUAAAUUGCCAAGGUUGAUCAGUCUGUAUAUAUUCUGUUGUAGCUGUGUGUAAAUAAACUUAAUUCAGUUGCUUA